GGGCGAACUGCAGAUGAAUGCGGCGAUUGGUGAUUGGCGUUACCAACAAAACACAAAGCACCGUUCUUCGUUUCGUUUGAUGUGCACCAUUUGAGAACCACUUUGUUUUUAUUUUGUUUUCGCCCUCAAGUCACCCUGGCCAAGCCUUUUGUAACUUCCGUCUCAUGACUGAAUUUGGUUUCGUAUUUCCUUGGUCGGACGAGAAGUUUGAGCCGAACAGGACGUGAAAAUGAAGAAACAAUUCUUCCGUGUGAAGCAGCUCGCUGAUCAGACAUUCUCAAGAGCUGGCAAGACCGAGCUACUCUCCGAUGAUCUACAAGAGAUCGACAAGCAUGUCGAGUUCCUCAAAAACGCAUGUACCAAUUACAACAAGAAGCUGGCUGCCUAUCUUUUAGGGCAAGGCUCAGAUGACUCGUCGAUAGAAAAGAGACUGAAAAAGUGCCCAGAAUACCAACUUGGGCAAGCAAUGAAGGAGAGCGCUGCCUGCGACGAAAGCUACAUGCUCAAAAAUAUUUUGGAGAAGUGUGGCUCCAUAGAGAUCACUCUGGCCCACACUUAUGUAGACAUGGACCUGCAGAUUGAGAACAGCGUUGUCAACCCGUUGCAGACUGUCAUUGACAAUGACAUUCCCAGCAUUGUGAAGCACAAAAGAAACCUAGCAAAGCUCGUUUUGGACAUGGACGCAGCAAGAACUAGAUAUCAAACAGCUGUGAAGCAUAGCAAUAAUAUGCCUGGCACAAAAAUUGACUCAAUCCGAGAAGAAAUGGAUGAAGCGCAGUUCAAAGUUGAUCAGUGUAGAGACUUGUUGGCAACAGAGAUGUACCAGUUGAUCUCAAAAGAAGCGGAAAUUACCAAAUACAUAGCAGAGCAUAUUGCAAUUCAGAAGGCUUAUCAUGAAAAAGCCCUGCAUUUUUUAGAGAAGGCGGCAUCUGUGCUUGAUGUAGACCUAGGAGAUAAUAUUAAACGGCCAGUCUAUGGAGAAUCUUUGGAUGUGCAUCUUCGUGUGAACAAAAUAAAAAUCGCCUACCCCAUUGAGGUAUGUGUUUGUUCAUUGCUGGUUCUCGGAAUGGACGAGGAAGGUCUUUUCAGAGUAGCUGGAGGGGCGUCCAAAGUCCGCCGAAUGAGAAUGAAUCUAGACGCAAACUGCCUCACUUUCGAGGGAGCGUUAAAUUACAAUGACCCAGCCGUGGUCGCUGGCGCACUUAAAUCCUACUUGAGAGAAUUGCCUGAGCCCUUGAUGACCUAUAAAUUGUAUCCUAAUUGGAUAGCCGCUUCAAAGGUUCCUGUAGCUGAAGAUCGAAUCAAAGCAUUUAAGGAGGUGAUAGACCUGUUACCUGAAGCAAACCAGGACAACUUGAGAUAUCUCAUCAAGUUCUUUGCGUUACUGUGCAAAAACCAAGACGUGAACAAAAUGACUCCACAGAACAUUGCAAUUGUGAUCGCACCAAAUCUUAUGUGGAGCCAGCAGGAUGCUAUCAGUGGAAUGGGUCUGAAUAUGAGCACAGCCAAUGUUCACAGCUUCAUUGUGGAUAAUCUAGUCUCCCAUGCUGAUGAAUUGUUCCCUGGAGAAACUGAGUUUUUUGUGACUAUUCCUAAGCCCGACCCUGCUGAAAUGAGUACAAGUCACCGUCAAACAAAUGGAUCAAAGUCGUCAUCUUCGGAAAAAGGACAUUCUCGAAACAGUAGUGCAGACACUCUUCUCAUCAACAGCCCUCCAGACCCUGGGGCCAUUAAAAGAGCGCAUUCAAACAGCAGUUUGACGGAUCAAAGCAGCCCUCCUCAAAGUCCAAAGCCAGUUUUACGCCGAAAAAACAAACAAGCGCCUAUCCCACCAUCACAUACUCCUAAAGAAAAAGUCGAAAGACCACCUAGACCAUCUCAUUCACCUGCCAUCAAGAACCCAUCUGUUGAAAAGCAAAAGUCUGAUGAGAAACCUAAAGAGCAAACCAGGCACAGCAUUAUGGAGAAACCAAAAGUUGAGGAAGUCGAACAGCCAAAGGAGCGUGUCAAGUUGUUAUUUCCUGAAAAGCCAAAGGUUGAAGAGUGUGCAAAGGAACGAAUGCCGCAAAAAGAUGGCCCAAUCAUAAAAGAGCCUGUUGCUCCGACUCCUGCUCCAAAACCCAUGCAGCGUCACAGUGGUGACCACGGAAACGCCCAUCCUGAGUUAGCUGAAAAACCUGUUGUUGCCCAAAAGCCUCGGUUUCCUGUUGCUGCUCCGAGGACUAUUAUUCCAGAGGAAAACUCGGCUGACAAGAAAAGUGUUGAAGAAAGACCGAGACCUGUUAUUCCCGAGAGGCCGGCAAUACCUGAGCGGCCAGCAUCUCUCCGCGACUCUUUUAGAGCCAAAAGUAAUGAUACAAUUGAUGAGGCCAACCACACCAAAUCUCAAGAGGCCGCAUCUCCCUUGUCCCUAGGGAGCUUUGAUUUGCCCGUUGAGAUGAGUAAAAACAAUGAAAACCAUUUAUCUGCAUCUGAAUCCACAGAUGAGGAAGUCCUUGAUAAUGAUAGAGCUGGCAAAGGAGGCUCAUUUAGAAACAACAAAAUAGCCCGUCCGACACCACCACCUCCGCCGCCUCCCACGAAACCAGUGACGGAGAGCACAGAUUUGUAGGAAGUGCCUGAAUUUCUUUGAGGUUACAACAGUUCCUCGCUUGUUAAGUACAUCACUAAGAAACAUUUUCCACUUGCAUGCUUGCUUACUGAUUUUGUGAUCAACUUUUUAUAAAAUUCUGCACAUCUUACCCUUGUUAUGUUUUGUGGAGAAUAAUUUGUGUGAUACAGCCAAAACGCUGUACGUGCUAAGUUGAAAAAAAGACAUUUUCAUUUUGUGUUUGGUAUCCAAUUUUAAGUGGUUCCAAGAUUUCUUGAGUUAUACAAUUUAUCUGAUUGGUACAAUACUUAAAUUAGGGUUUUUGUGCCUUAAAAAUGGCAGGCCGUUUCUAUAAAUUGUGUAAUCAAAGUGAGCUCUAUAGGAGGAAAAAAUAAUUUACCGUUUCUCGAUAUUAUUCAUUUUGCACAAAUCUUUAAACUUUUUAUCAGCAUCUCUACCGUCUUAUAUCAAUAUAAGAAUCUUGUGUGAUAACUGUAAGUUGUGCAUUCAUACAGAGAGACAAAAUAUAAAUGAAGUUGUAUUGAUACUUGUUAACAUUUAGAACUACCAUGCUCAGAAAAUUUGCUGAAAUAAAAACUUGAAAAAAUAAAUUAUAGAUAAUAGUGCCUAAUCAAAAUGAUAUAUUUGGAGCUGCCGGCAACCCUUUUCCUGUCCUGAGCAUAAAAUAUUGCUUGUCGGAUAUUUGCUUUUAGGCACUGGAGAAUUUAAAAAGUUAAAUGAAGCUGCCUUAAUCAUAGUAGUCCUAUUCAGAGUCAUUGUAAUGUAUAAAUAACAUAUCCUAAUAAGUUAUAAAAUUAACUUCUGUUCGAGCAUUUUCAUAAAACAAGUUUAAGUAUUGUUAACAUUGUAUUUAUUGGCAAAAUGAAUUUUAAAAUAUUUGUAAGUUUAUUUUAACUGGAAUAAAAUAUUGUUUAUGAAAACGA